AUGACACAAGAUACCAAUACUUUGAGCUACUGGUUGAAUUGGAGAUUUUUCCUAUCUGCACUAUUUAUUUUACUCAGUAUGGGAUUGGGGUCAUUUUUGAUAUGGAAGUAUGAAGAAUUCAAUAAAUCAAGAAAUGAGAGGGCAGUUGAAGAAGGGCGGCGAGAAUCGGUUGGAUUGUUAUAUGAAGCUGAAGCAUGGAAUACUUGUGUUAAAGGAAUUAAUCCUAAAUGGCUUCUUGCUUAUAGAGUAUUUUCUUUUCUUGUGCUUUUGGGUUUGCUUAUUGCGAAUGUAGCUGUUGAUGGUGGCGGCAUUUUUUACUUCUACACUCAGUGGACAUUUACUUUGGUGACUAUUUACUUUGCGAUUGCGUCUUGUUUCUCCUUCUAUAAUGUACCUAUCCUAUCUAAGAGUUCUUAUGCCUCUCGGGAAACUAUCAAUCAGAAUACUGCAGGUGUAUGGGGUUAUAUUAUUCAAAUAAUAUUUCAGACUUGUGCAGGUGCUUCGGUGCUCACUGACAGUGUAUUCUGGCUCGUUCUUUAUCCUUUUAUGACACCCAAAGACUUUCGUCUCGAUAUAUUCACUGUUAGUAUGCACUCUGUUAAUGCUGUGCUCCUCCUUGGUGAAACAUCAUUGAACUCCAUGAGCUUUCCAGUAUUUCGAUUUGCAUAUUUUAUCUUGUGGACGGCUACAUUUGUAAUUUUUCAGUGGAUCAUCCACGCUGUUGUUUCGCUUUGGUGGCCUUAUCCUUUCCUUGAUUUGUCAUCCCCAUAUGCACCCUUAUGGUACUUGGCUGUAGGUAUAAUGCACAUUCCAUGUUAUGCCAUCUUUGCCUUAAUAGUGAAGUUGAAGCACUUGUGGUUGUCAAAAUUGUGUCCUGGUUGCUGUCAAUUUGUAAGGUGA